AUGUCUGAGAAGAAUUUUGGUCGAACGGAUGCGUCGACACCGCAGCCAAUUGUAAAAAUUGGGCACUAUCUGCUGGGGAAUACACUGGGAAUCGGGACAUUUGGAAAAGUGAAAAUUGGCGAACAUCAACUAACAAAGCACAAGGUCGCUGUGAAGAUUCUGAAUCGGCAGAAGAUUAAGAGUCUCGAUGUUGUGGGUAAAAUACGUCGGGAAAUACAGAAUUUAAAACUCUUCCGACAUCCGCAUAUCAUUAAGCUGUACCAGGUGAUCUCAACACCCACCGAUAUCUUCAUGAUUAUGGAAUAUGUUAGUGGUGGUGAGUUAUUUGACUACAUUGUGCGACAUGGGAAAUUGCAAGAACACGAAGCAAGGAGAUUCUUUCAGCAAAUUAUUUCCGGUGUAGAUUAUUGCCAUAGACAUAUGAUUGUUCACAGAGAUUUAAAACCAGAAAAUCUACUUCUCGAUCAUAAUAUGCAUGUUAAGAUUGCAGAUUUCGGCUUAUCAAAUAUGAUGCUUGACGGUGAGUUCUUAAGAACUUCCUGUGGUUCACCCAACUAUGCAGCACCUGAAGUUAUAUCGGGGAAACUCUAUGCUGGCCCUGAGGUUGAUAUAUGGUCCUGUGGAGUUAUUUUGUAUGCAUUACUCUGUGGUACACUUCCCUUUGACGACGAGCAUGUCCCAACAUUGUUCCGAAAGAUUAAAUCCGGUAUCUUUCCCAUCCCGGAAUACCUCAAUAAGCAAGUUGUCAGUUUACUCUGUCAAAUGCUGCAGGUAGAUCCACUAAGAAGGGCAACAAUUGAGGAAAUCAAAAAGCACGAAUGGUUCCAAAAGGAAUUGCCAUCAUACCUCUUCCCAUCUCCUGUGGAACAGGAUAGCAAUGUAAUUGAUAUUUAUGCCGUGAGUGAGGUAUGUGAGAAGUUUGGCGUUAAGGAGAGUGAGGUGCACAAUGCCCUACUAAGUGGUGAUCCACACGAUCAAUUGGCCAUUGCUUAUCAUUUGAUAAUUGAUAACAAACGCAUUGCCGAUGAGGCGGCAAAGGCUGAAAUUAAGGAUUUCUAUGUGGCUGGGAGUCCACCUCCGGUUAAUAUUGUUCCGAGUGAGAAGCAAGAAAAUGCAUCAUCGUCUGCACCUGGAAGACCACAUCCAGAGCGCAUUGCACCCCUACGUGAAAGGGUGCUGGCAAAUACAACCACCUAUCAGGGGGUUGAUAAAACACGCGGAACACCCGUGAAGCGUGCUAAGUGGCAUCUUGGUAUACGAUCGCAGAGUAAACCAAAUGAUAUCAUGCUGGAAGUCUACAGAGCCAUGAAAGCUCUUGAUUUUGAGUGGAAAGUCAUUAAUCCGUACCACGUAAGGGUGAGGCGGCAGAAUAAAUCGAGUGGAAAGCACGUGAAAAUGUCCCUUCAACUCUAUCAGGUUGAUGCCAAAUCUUUCCUUUUGGAUUUUAAAUCCCUCACAAGUGAUGAAGUGGAGCAGGGAGAUGAUGUAAUCAUGGACAUGGAGAGUAUGACACCCCCAACAAAUCUCUCGGACUCCUUCAACCCAAUGUUUCCGCAACAGUGCGCUACAGGACACCACACAAUGGAAUUCUUUGAGAUGUGUGCAGCUCUUAUAAUUCAAUUAGCACGCUAAGUUAGCGAUGCCCUUAAUCCACUAUCUUGUUACCUAAAAAACAAAAAUUAGUGUCUCUAAAAGGAUAAACUUUAAUUUAAUCUUCCAAGUUGAUUGCUUUCUAAGUUGAGCUUUAGUAGAAGAAGAGUUGUUUUUCUUUUGGGUAGUACAACAUAAUGCCUUUUAGGCCUUUUAUUAUCUCAAAAA